CCUCUCUCUCGUCUGCAAUCGGGGUUGGGUUUCCCAUGGAGGAUGUCGCACGCCGCCAUGUUCCUGCCGGCGGAGGAGCCGACCUCAUCAGCGCCCUGCCGGAGGAUCUGCUCCUCCAGGUCCUCGUCCGCCUCCGCUGCGCCUGCGCCGCCGCGCGCACAGGGCUCCUCUCCCGCCGGUGGCGCGGCCUCUGGACCCGCCUCCCCGACCUCGUCUUCCGCGACCUAGCGCUCGGCCCGCUCCUACCCGCGCUCGCCUCGCUCCAACUCCAAGCCGCCAUGGAGCGACUAUGCAUGAUACACUACCGUUUCUUUUUGCAGGGUUCGACUAGUUAUCCUGAUGCAGAGUUCAGCUUGGAGCAGGAGAUAGAGACGCAUCUGGUUACCGACUUCUCUGUUUUGGAGCUACAUUUCACGACAAUGGAGCUUGAUCAUCGUGUCAGAUCAGUGAGGCAUGUUUUUGGAGCAUUUGCGUGCAUCUACUUGGGAUGCAUCCGAUUCGUUCUGCUACACGAAAGCUUAAGAUCAUCUUACAGAGAUCAGAGGGUCAAAGCGCGACAGCCAAAGUUCUGCGCUCGCAUGAUUCUCAUCCUUGUGUUUACGGGUUCACGGUGCUCAUCGUCAGGCCAGAAGUGGUGUGCUCUUGUCUUUCCUUGGCCUUGUUGAACCUUGAAGAAAAUCAUUGAAGUCUUAGUUUCAUUUUAACUGGCUACUAUGAAAUUGCUGAAUAUCAGUCUACUCUACCUAUGUCAUUUUAAGCCUCAAUUAGCUCUGUGCUUUGAUUCACCAAAAGUUGGAUAGAGCAUCAGAGAAGAAUGUUCACUUUAUCCUCUCUUUUUGUCAAGCAAGCAUGUGGCUGGUUUGGCAAGGGCUCCAGCUUUGGUGGUCACAUGAACCUAAUUAGCUCCCUGAUUAGCUCACUCCCAUCAUGAUAUCACUACUGACUAGUCUUUAGCAGACCAGUGGCAUGUGGAGUGAAAAGUUCACUGCUGCUCUUGCCCCUGCAUGAAGGGAAAAGGAAAAUGAAGUGUCUGCUGCAGCAGGCAAGGCAGCAAAGCAAAGCAGGCAUGUUGCAGAAGAUCACUGCUCUCUUCUCUUUCUCUUCUGGUCCAAGUCCAAGCGGCCCAAACCUGGGUCAAGAUCCAAUAUGGUCCCUCCACCGACUCUUUCUUGUUGUUUUUUCCUCCUCUGCUACUCUACUGUUGGCCAUCAAGGAACCAGCAGCACAUGGCAGGGACAGCCAUGAUAGAUAGAUAAACCAUACUGGUAGUAGCAUCUCUGUAACCCUAAUCACAGUUUUUGUCUACUAAUAGCAUUCCCAGAACUGAUAGGAGAGUGCCAGAAACUAAGUAGUACAGUACUUGGAAACAUAAGUAAGUUCUGGGAAGCAUUGUAGCUUGAUGUGUGUGCAGAGGAAUCAUCUUUUUACUGCCAUGGCUCCUGCCCCCAGGCUCCAAGCAGCCCCAAGUUUCUGAACAUUUUUUCUUCAAUUCCAGUCAGU